AUGUUUAAAAGUAUCGUUCCGACAACAGUCGGGUUAAAUAAUUCAAAUUACGUUCAUGCCAACAUUGAUGAGGAAUUUAAUUUUUAUGGUAACGGCAAUAAUAAUAUUAACAAUAAUAAUAUUGGUAAUAAUUUUCCAAAAAAAGAAAAUGCUCAAAUAGCUAUAGAACAUGAACAAAUAUUAAAUAUAUCAAAUUCUUACAAAAUUAAUGUUGAAAACUUAGUUAACGCCAAAACCCCUGAAGAAAUAGCACUUCGAAUAUUAAAAUCACAAAAUAUACAAAAUAAAAGAAAAUAUACAGAUAAUAAUAAUGCAAAUUAUGAAAUAAAUAAAAAAAAUUGUAAUUUUUAUAAUCCUAAUUUAUGUUAUGUAAAUAAUUCGUCAGAUUUACAACCAAAUAUUUCUUCUCAAAAUAAUGUAUUGAAUCAAAAAUAUUCGGAUCAACAUUAUUUUAAAUAUAAUUUUUCAGAACAUCAAUUUCAAAAUAGUGUAAAAGAAAAAUGGAAAAGACACAGUGAUAAUAGGGUGGUGUACAGCACUCAUGGAAAUAGCCAAAAUUUAUUUCGACCAAAUAGUAGAGCUAGCAACGGCAUCAAUUCGAAUAACAGCAAUAACAGCAAUAACAAUAAUAACAACAAUAAUAAUAAUUACUAUAACGAUUUUCAUCAUUAUUAUAAUAGGGGAUCAAAUUGGUAUAACAAUAAUAAUAACAAUAACAAUAAUAAUAACAAUAAUAAUAGUAAUAGUAAUAGCAAUUACAACCCUAUAUAUAUUAACAGAUCUUAUAUUAAUAAUGAUUCACAAUUUUUUAAUUUCCAAAAAAUUCCAAAUCGAGCUCAUAAUAGUGUACCUCUUUCUCAAUUUAACAACCCUCAAAAUAUGAAUUAUAUAGAUAGCAAUAUAAUAAAUCAAAUUGAUAUGAUUAAAAUUGCUUAUAAAACAAAAUUUCAUAACCAAAAAAAUAUGAACAAUACAAAAAAUAGUUAUAAUAUUAUUAACAAAUCGAAUUAUUGCAAUAAUAUUUAUUUACCUCAAAAUAAUUCUCAAUUUGGCAUUUUACCAAAUGUCAGUAACCCACCUCCUAAUUAUAUAGUUCAAAAAAAUAUACAUAUAGAACCACAUCAAAAUAAUAAGUUUAUUCCAAUUUUAGAAACACAUCAAUUUGAAAAAAAAAUGGAUAAAAUAAUACCUGAGAUAAAUAAUAGUGAUAUUAUGAACAUCAAUGAAAAUUUACAAACUCAGAAAAUGCCCCAAAAUUCAAAUAAAGAGGAAAAUCGAAUUUUAGAAAAAAUAAUUAAACCCAUAAAUGUGAACGAUAUUGUAGACAAAAUUGCAAAGAUGCAAACGGAAAAUGAUAAUAAUAAAAUUGAUACUGAAAAAAUAGAUCAAAUCAAUAGUUCUAUUAUUAGACAAGAUAACAAAAAUGAUCCGAAUGAAAAUAAAAUAAAUAAUCACAACAUUAAAACAAUAGAAGAAAUAAUUCCAAACUUGAGUGGACAAAAUGAGCAAAACGAACAAAAUGAAGAGAAGCCAAUAAGUGGAAUACUAAUAAAUGAAGAAAACUUCUCAAACUUUAUAGAAAAUGAUAAAUCUUUACAAUUGCCAUCAUUGUUAUUUGAAAAAAAAAAAGAAUCAGAGAUUUUCGAAACCCCUGAAAUAGUAGAUCAAGCUGAUGAUGAAAUAUUAUAUACGUUAAAAGAUAUAAAAAAUAAAGAAAUAGGAGAAUAUAAAAAUGAUUAUAUUAAUUUAAAUAAAGAUGAUGAUAAUAAAAUGCGUAUUUUUUUUGAACAAAAUAUUGAAUCCUUUCUAAAUUUAGAUUCAAAUGAUAUAAAUAGAAAUAAGAAAUUAAAAAAUAUUAUAUCAUCUAUAGAAAUAUGUCUAAAAUGUGAAAAAGAUCUAACUUAUGCAGAUACAAGAAAAAUCGAAAUAUUGUUUGACAAACUUUUAUCAAACAUUGAUAAUUAUACUAAUAAAGAAAUAAGUUAUAGAAAAUUUGUAAAGGAAGAUAAGGUAAUUAAUUCUUCUUCAUCAUGUUUAGAUGAAUAUGGAAACGAAAAUAAUAUUAAUGAUGAUGAAGAAGACGAGUUUAUUCAAUCGAAAUUAGAGAAUAAUGCCGAAGAUGAAAAUGUGAAAAAAGCAGAAAAAAAAGCAAAAAAAAAAAACAAAAAAAAUAACCCAGUUGAUGAAAAAACUAACACAAAUAAUAUUAAUGAUAUAAUUUAUGGAAAUUACAAUAUUCUAUUAUAUUUACUUUUAUUAAAUUUUACCUUCUUUAAAAAUUAUAUUGACAUUGAAGAAAUAAAUAAGCACAUAUUAAUAAAUUUAAAAACAAACUUUAAAAAUAUUAUAAUAAAAUUAUGUGAAAAUGAAAUUAAAAAUAAAAUAAUUCAGUUUUAUAAUAUUCAUGAACAGUUUUUAAUACAACUUAUUUGGAUAUAUGAAAAAGUAUUAUUAUAUAUAUAUGACAUAUAUAUAUAUAUUGAAAAAUAUGAUACAGUAUUAAUUAAUUUACUUGAUUUAUGUUUAUUAACAUUUCAGACAAAUUACAAUAUUCAAAUUAUUAUACUUCAUUCUAUUAAUUUAUUACUAAAAGUUUUUAAUACCAAUCAAUUAAAAAAUAUGAAAAGAUAUAUUUUGGACAAUUUAAUAAUAAAUAUAAAUACUAUCGAUUUUAAAUAUAAUAAAAUAAACUUUAAAAAUAGUCAUACAAAUUCUACUUACAUACAUUUAUCGAUAUUCCUUAUAAUUAAAAUUGCUGAAUCAUUUUCUUUUUAUUAUGGGGAUAUAAAAAACAAAUUUAUGUUACAACAAAUAAAAAGACAAAAUAAAAUAGACAAAAAAAGUGAUAAAAAUGAAAAAAAACGAGAAAAAAUAUAUUCUCUUUCAUCUCGUGAUUAUAGUAGCUUCAAUGACGAGGAUGAAAAUGACGAUGAUGAUGAUGAAGAAUACAAUUUUUAUGAUGAAUAUUCCCGAGGGAAAAAAGGAGAAAAAAAAAAAAAAAAUAAUAAUAAAUUGAAACUUAACAAGAAAAACAUAAAAACAACAGAAACUAAGAAUGUAAAAGAUUCAAGUUCAUCUUCUGACGACUCACUUAAUUUUAGUAUUUUUACUAGUGAAAAUGAUAGCGAAAAUUUUCAAAGUGAUAUAUUUCUGGAAAAAAAAUUAAUUGGAAAUUCUACAAAUAGUGAUAAAGUAUCUAAAUUAAGAAAUGAUGAUAAAUUCAUAAAGAGUAAGAGUGGAUAUGGUGAUAAUUCCAAACACUUGCAUAAAUCUAUGGAAAGAAAAUAUUCGAUGAGAAAAAAAACAAAACCCAAAUCAGACAUUUAUGAAUAUGACAAUUUAAAUGAUACACAUGAUAUGAAAAUAAUGCACCGCAAUAAAAAUAAAAAAAAUAUAGACACCGAUAAAGUAAUUGCACCUAUUAAAUAUUCUGAUAGUAGCGACCAAUAUUUUGACAUGAAAUAUCGAAAAGAAAGUUUAAAAAAAUAUGAAACAAAGAAAAAAACUGAAAUAACUAAUUUAGAGAAUCCAACAGAAGAAGCAAUUAAUAAUUUUAUGAUGGAACAAAAUUUUAAGCGAUUAAAUAAUAUAAUAAAUUAUAUAUUAAUAGAAAUAAUAAAAAAAAUAUUAUAUGAUGAUAAUAAAAAUGGUCGAAAUAUUUUAGAAGUUAUAGUUUUAGAUUUAAUUAAAUGCUGUGAUAAUCCAUUAUUAAGUUUAAGUACAAUGUUUAUAAAAAAUUUAACUCAUCUUUUUUUUGAUAUAUUAAAUAAAAAACAAGAAAAUAAUAUUAAAGAAACUUGUCUUUUUAUCCUCAGAUAUAUGAUCAAAUAUAUAUUUAGCAUAUACAAUUAUGUCAAUAAUUCGUGUUUUCAUUUGCUCUAUAAUUUUAACAAUGAAAUAAAAAACAACAAAUUUAUAAAGCCAAUUCUUAACAUUAAAGGUGGUAAUAAUAGUGACAAUAAUAAUGACAAUAAUAAUGGCAAUAAUAAUGAUAAUAAUAAUGAUAAUAAAAUAGGUCCUGUUCCAAACGACUCAGAAAUAAAACCUAGCCCAUCUUUCCGAAAACACAACAAUAUCUUUAGUAGAGAAAACUCGAAAAAUAAAAAAUUAACACAAACAACUAAAAAUAAAAAGACAAUCAUUAAAGGAAAAAAUUCGAAGAAAGCAAAUCAAAAAAAAAAUCAAAAAAAUGAACAAAAUGAACAAGAUGAAAGUAGCGACAAGAUAAAUGCCACUAACAUGUUAAAUGAUAAUUUCCAAAAAAAUGAAACAGAAAAAAAAAAAAAAAUUAAAUGUUGCCAUGAAAAGAAAGAAGGAGAGCAAAUCAUUAUAUGUUCUAUAUGUGAAGAAUUGUAUCAUAUAACUUGUAUAAAUAAAGGGUUUAAUAAAUUGAAUCUCGAACAUAAUAAUAUUUUUUAUUCUUUAGAAGAAAGUAAAACUGAUGAGACAUCUCAAGAUAUUGAGGAAAAUGAUACCAAAGAAAAGUAUCAAAAUAUAGCAGAAAAAAAAGAAAGAGAUAAAUGUGAUGAUAAUAAUGAUAUUUCUAAAUUUCUUAAAUAUAAUUGUGAUAAUUGUAAAAUAAAAAAUAUUAUUAAAUCUUUUAUUAUAAAAGAAACACAAAGACAUAAUAGUAUUUUAAAUAUAAGUUUAAAAAAAGAAAAAGAAAAAAAAAACGGAUUUUAUUGUUUGCAAAAAUUUUUAAAUAAUUUGAAUAUCUUUGACAUUUAUUAUUACUACUUAUUAAUAUAUAUUAAAAAAGAAAAUUUAAAUGAAAACAUUGAAAAAAAUUUCAAUAAUAUAUAUACCUAUAUUUUACUUUUAUACAAUAACUUUAUAUAUACUUGUCAAGUUUCAGAAAAUUAUAAAUUAAUAGAAACUGCUAGUGUAAAAAAAAAAAAAGAAAAUCUAACAAAUCGAAAAAAUAAAAAAAAUAGAAACAAUAAAAUCAGCGAUAUAAAUAACACAAUGUGUAAAGACAUGGAUAUCAGCCAAUAUAGUGAUCAAAAUAUAUUCGAAUUGAUGGGAAAAAAAAAUAAAAGUUCAGAAAUGAAAGAAAAAGAAAAAGCAAUAUUUUUAAAAGAAACAAAUAAUCUAUUAAUUUACGAAUUUAAAAAUGUGAAAGAAAAUCAAGAUACUAUAUUAAGCUUAGGUGAUAUGUAUAAUUUUGAUAUAUAUAUAAGUCAUAUAUGGAAAUUAUAUCUUUAUUUUUUUUUUUAUGAUUUUUUUACAAUAUCUUUCAAUCGAUUAUUUUAUAUAUUAUACGAAAAUAAUAAUAAAAAUUUAAGAUACUAUAGUAUAUCAAUAAUUAAUAAUAUAAUAAAUGAUAAUUAUUUAUAUUUAAAAUGUAAGCAAACUCAAAAUAUUCUUUUAUCCUGUCUAACUGAUAACUAUUUAAAGGUUCGAGAAUAUACCUUAUGUAUUUUUUAUAAUUUUUGUAAAUCAUUUUUAGAAGUAGAUAUAAUAAUAAAUAGAACCCUAAAACCUACUCAAAAUCUUUUAUUAAAUAAUCGUAAAAAUGAGAAAAAAAAUAAAGAUUUUGAAAUUAAACAAAUAUCUGAGAAAAUUCAAAAUAUACGAAAUAAAGAUAUAGAUAGUGCUACAAAUAAUACUAGCGAAAAUGAAUAUGAAUGGAAUAAUAAAAAUAGCCAAAUAAAUUUAAACGAAUAUAUUACAGAUGAAAUAAUUGAAUCUGUUAAAAGAUGUACAAAAGAUAUAAAAAUUAGUGUCAGAAUUAUUAGUGUCAAAAUUUUAAAAUAUAUUAUUUAUUUUAACAAAUAUAUAAAAAGGUAUAACCUAUUAAAACAGGACGAUCAUUCAAAAUUUGAAGAAAAUAAAAUAAAUGAUUCUAUUUCUGACAAUGUGUUAAUACUAAACGAUUUAAUAGAACGAUAUGCAUCACCAUUUGAUAAUGAAACAAUGAAAAAUACAAUUUUAGAAAUACUAAUUGAAAUAUUUUUUAUAAACAUUUUUGCAUUUUCAAAAAAAAGAAAAGAAAUGGAAUAUCUACAAGAUCGAAUUAUUCAAAUUCCAAACAAAAAUAAUAUAACAGAUGAAAACGAACAAAAUUAUAAAUCUACAACAUCUUUGUGCAAAAAAAAAAAUUAUUCAGAAAACUUAUCUCAAGAAAUAGAACAUGAUAGACAUGAUACAUUUAUAUAUGCCGAAACAUUUAAUGAUCAAAAUAAUAAUAAAUAUAUAGAAAUAGAAGAAGAUGUAAAUAAUUUAUUUAUUCAUUUAUUAUAUGUUUUUAAAAAUAAACAUGAUAUAAAUAUUAUAAAUAAGAUGUUAGAAUAUAUGGAUAAAAAUUUAAAAAAAUAUGAAGACAAAUUAAACAUAAUACAAAAUGUGAUGAAUAAAUAUAAUGUUGAUGGCGAUGAGGAAGAUGAAAAUAAUCCAGAAACAAAAAAAAAAGAAGAAAAAAAAAAAAAAUUAAUGAUAAAAAAAAAAAAAAAAAAAAAUGCAAUAAAAAAUAAGAGAAGUAAACAGGAUAUAAAAAAUGAUAAUAUAAAAUACAACUACAAUGAUGAAGAUGAUUAUUUAAAUGAUAGUAAUUCACAAAACGAAUCAAGAAGUAGUGAUAAUGAAAAAAUAUUAAAAAAUAAAGAAAAUUGUUUAACAAAAACCAAAAACAAUAUAUACAAUAUAUAUAUAAACAACUAUUAUAAAUAUAUAGACAUAUUGGGAAAUAAAUGUAUAAAAUAUAUUUUAGAAGUAUGGAUCUAUAAUUUAAUAUCAUUAUUUGUAAAAACACGAAGAAAUAAAAUUCAUGAAAAUGAGACAAAAAAAAUAAUAAAAAUUUUUAAUAUAAUUAUCGAAAUAUAUCCAAAUUUAUUUAUAAAAUAUUUGACUUUUUUUUAUUUAUAUAUUUAUAAUAAUGAUGUGUCAAAAGAUAUAUGUGAAUUAUUAUCCUCUGUUAUACCACAUUGUAAAUUAGAUUUACAUUUAAAAUUACAAUUAAAAAAAAUAAAAUUUAAUAACACAUUAUUAUAUCAUAAUAAUAUAUCUAUAUCAAGAUCAUAUGUACAAUUAUUAUGUUCUUUACACACAUAUAUAUUUUCAAAUUUUUCAUAUUUUAAAAAUUAUAUAGAAGAUUGUUUUAUUGUUUUGUAUAAAUAUAAGCUAUUUUUUUUAGUUAACAAUUAUAUACACCAACUUAAUGAUUUUAUAAGAGAAUUCUAUUAUAUGUCUGAAAAUGAUAAAAAUGCUAUAAAAUAUAAACUGUGUCAAUUAUUUCUUUUAAAAUUGAAUGAAAAGGAUGAAAAAGUUGCAGAUGAACAAGAAAAAAUUGAAGAUCAUGAAUUUCAAAACCAAAUACAACCACAAGAAGUAGAUGAUAACGAUAAAAAUAAUAAUUUGCAAAAUCCAGAAAACUUUUUCUUAUAUAAUAUUAUAGAUAUUACAUAUGAAAAUUUUGUUUGUUUUCUAAACGAAUACAAAAAAUAUAUUUUUGAAAUUUUUUCAAUAUCUCAUAAUGACAUUAUAAAUAUAAAUAAAUAUACUUGGUUAAUAUCUGUUAUUAUGGAAUUUAUAAAUGUCAACAAAAUAAUUUUGAAUGAUGUAUACAAAGACGAAAUAGAUACAAAAAUUCAUGCAACAUUAAUUGAUAAUAUAGAUGAAAAUAAAUAUUCAAAUGAUAAAAAAAUAAAAUAUAUUAACUUAUCGGAUCUUAGUAAAAAAGUACAAAUAUAUACAAAUGGAAUUUUAUAUUUCGAAUUUAUGCAUAAUAAACAAAUGGAUUAUAUUAAAAAAUGGAAUAUAUUAAAAUUAAAAAAAGAAAUAAUAUCAGAAAUAAUAAAUAAAAAAUUUAAUAUCAACAAAAUUGAAUCUUUUGCUGAUAUAUGUAAUUAUAAAUUUUAUGAUGUUGUUUUAGUUUUAAAAAAAUUAUUAAUAGACUUAUUUUAUAUAUCUAAUGAUAUUAAAUGUAAAUCAUUUUUUUUAUUAUGCUUAAGUAAAAUAUUAUCAAAUUAUCAUAACUCUCAUUAUAUUAAUGAUUUAAAUUUAAGAAAUUUAUUUUUUUUUUGUAUCAAUUCCCAAAACCCAUCUUUACAAAAAAAUUUUCUUUAUAUACUACUUCAGCUUAUUAAGACAUAUGAACAUUUUUUUAACAAUAAGGAUAACAUUUUUUAUACACAUUCUUUUGAAAAUCAUGAUAAUUUCACAAAUUUUUCAAAUAAAAACAAAAAUAUAUUAGACCCCGUUGAACCAACUGAUUCAAAUUAUAAAACAAAACGAAAACAAGGAAAUACAGGACGAAAUGUCAAAGAUAAUUAUUAUAAAAAAGAAAAAAAAACAAAUCAGAUAGAUAAAAUAGAAUCUAAAAAUUAUGAAAAAGAAUCAAAUUCGGCUGAUAUAUAUCUUAAUGAUAGUAACCAAAGUUAUUCGGCUUCAAAUUUAUCAAAUAUGUUUACAAACACUGAUUACAAAUCUAACGAGAAUAAUCAACAUAAUAAUAUUUCAAAAGGAAUAAAUAAAUUAAAUUUCAAAAAUAAUAAAAUGAAAAUAGAAGUAUCUAAUGAUAAUAAUGAUGAUGAUGAUGAAAUAGAAACUCAAAUUGGAGACGAAGAUGAUAUAUAUGAUGCAGAAAAUAGUCAUGUAAAUAAAUCACAAAUUGAACAGUUUGACAAUAAAAGAAAAAUUAUACAAAAAAAAAAUAAGCACAUUGAAAUUAUAAAUAAAAAAGAGAUCAAUAAUAAUAGUGAAAAUAAAAAGAUGACCAAUAAUACCGAAAAUAAUAAUUGUCAUGGAAAUGAAAAUAAAAUUUCUCAACAAACAAAUACAACAAAAAAUAAAAAUAAUAUGCAUAUCUUAUUAUUAGCUUCUUUAUUUACACAAAAGAUUGUUGAAAUUAUCAAAAUUAAUAAAUUUUAUUAUUUAGAUUGUUCUCAAGAAGAAUUAAACCAUAUAAAAAAUUUAGGAAUCCAAAUUCUAAACCAUUUAUAUAAAGAAGGGUUUAUACAAAGCACAAGCAUAUGCCCUACAAUUUUUCCAUUAUCUUUUUCGUCAGAUAUGAAAUUAAAAUUGCAAAGUCAAAAAGUUAUUAAUUUUAUUAUGGAAAAAGAAAAUUAUAAUUUUUUGAAUAAUUUAUCAGAAUGUUUACAGGGGUUACUAUUUUAUAUUAUUGAAAAUUAUUACAUUAAAAAUAUAAAACAAAAUUGUACCAAUAAUGAAGACUAUAAAAAUGUAGACAAUAUGAAUAAAUUUUUUUUAUUUAGUCAAAUGGAACCAAUUUUUUUUAAAACAUUACUUGAUAUUUAUGAAAAAUUAGAAACAAAAAAAUUAAAAAUAAUGUUUUUAAAAAUUAUAUUGAAGCAAAUUGAAAAUACAUCUCAUUUUGUUUUAUACGAAAAAGUUAUAAGUUUUGUUAGAUAUAUGAAUCAAAAAUAUACCCAAUACACCCAAACAGAACCACAAAAUUAUAAUGAUAACGCAUACACAGAAAUGUCUAGUAAAAAUGAAGCUAUUCAAAUAUGUUCUAUCAAAGAUAUAUAUUGUUAUAUUUCCAAAAAUUAUUUACCACAAGAUAGACAAAGAACAUCUAACGAUUUUGAAGAAAAUAUUUCGGAUGAAAAUCUUGACACAUCUGAGAACGACGAAAAAGAUGAUGAAAAUGAAAAUAGUUACGAAUUAAGAAAAAGAUCGAAUUCUAGAAAAAAUAAAAGGAAUGGUUCAAAUAAACUUUUGAAUAGCAAAGAAAGCAUAAAUUUUGAAAGUGUUAUAACAGAUAGUAGUACAAAUUAUGAAAAUUUAUGUGAUAAAGACACGGGAGAAAAUAUAUAUAUAAAAAUAAAAAAAAAAUAUAAUAAUAUAUUAGAAGAACAUAUAAUUAUUGAUGAAUAUACAAUUGUAAAUUAUUUCCUAUUUUUAUAUUUACAAAUAUUAACAUAUCUAAUUUCGUAUAUUAAUUUUUCAACAUACAAUGAAAUAGCUAUAUUAAUUCAUGACAUAAAUAGAGUAUAUUCUAUAACAUCUUCAACUAUUAACAUUGGUAAUGAUGUUGACAAAGUUAAACCCGAAUAUUUUCAUUUCUUAGAUGAGCAUAUAAAACAAAUAACAAACGAAGAUGAUCAUAUUCGAGAAAAAGAAAUUCUUAAUACACCAUAUAUAACCCCAAACCUAAAUAAAAUAAAAUGCUUUAUUAUAGUUAUUCUCAACAACCUUGUGACUAAUCUUAUGGGGAAUUAUAAUUUGGGCGCAGAAAGGCUAAGUGAUCUAAUCGAUGACAAUAAUUUGAAGGAAAACAAAAUAGACGAAGAAAAAAGAGAAGAGAAAAAAAAUAAUUUUAAUUACUAUGAUUAUAUAUAUGAAUGUAUUGAUAUAUAUAUUGGAAACAGCACAGAAAUAGUUAACAAAUAUUCGAAGCAUAAUUUAAAUACAUAUGAAAUGAAUAACGAUUAUUUAAAUAAGCUUAUAAAUGAGGGGAAAAACAAAAAAAUUUUGCAAAAAAAAAGAAAAAAAAGAAUUGGGAAAAAAACACAGAUUAACAAUGAAGAAUAA